CACCUUUUUAUACCCUACGCAUAAAACCAUCUCAAAUUUCAAGAAACCAACAAACAUAACACAACAACACCCCAUCAUCUAAUGUUGAUCCUCUGUUCAAUCUUGUUUAGUUUCUUUUCAAGAAAUCUUUAACAAAGUUGCAAUCUUUUUCACUAACUAAAAUGAGUGACAACAAGGGUGGUGGAGACAAGUCCAAGAAACCACAACAUUCCACACCAUCCCCUAAAGAUAAUAAUCCAGUUCAAGAAACCCUAGAAGAAUCACCGGCACUCAUCCCACCUCCAACGUUUAUCUCUCCACCACCGCCACCACCACCGCAACCACCGUCUUCCCACUACAUCCCACCGGAGCCACUCAACCCCAAAAGACCAAGAUACACUAGCACCACCGGCCAAUGGAAACUCUUACCAUCACCCUCACAAAAACAACUUCCUAUAAACAUUACCACCACCGAGAAAACACUAUCUCCGUCAUCGAACCCACCACCACAACCACCGACUCAUGCAGCUGCUUCAUCAUCGGACACAGCCUCAUCCCCAUCACAAUCUCCAAGACCCUCAGUCUCCGGUCAAGAAACAAGCAAGUCAGAAGGAGACCAACAACAGUAUUCACAACACCAGUUGAGGAAAGGGAAGUAUGUGAGUCCAGUUUGGAAGCCAAACGAGAUGUUAUGGCUAGCUAAAGCCUGGAGGGUCCAAUACCAAGGUGGUGGUGGGGUAUCCGGGUCGGAUAAUGCACCCGAAAACCCGAUAACUAUUGAAACGAAUGUUGCACCUACUCAACUUCAAGGAAGAGGGAAAACUAGAGCGGAAAAGGAUAAAGAAGUUGCUGAGUUUUUGCAACGAAAUGGGGUGAAUAGGGAUGCUAAAACAGCCGGGACAAAAUGGGACAACAUGUUGGGUGAGUUUAGGAAAGUUUAUGAGUGGGAAAGAGGUGGUGAGCGAGAGCAAAUAGGUAAGAGUUAUUUUAGACUUUCACCUUAUGAACGAAAGUUGCAUAGAUUGCCUGCUUCUUUUGAUGAAGAAGUGUUUGAAGAGUUGACACAGUUUAUGGGGUCUCGGAUUAGAACACCACAAAACAGUCUUUCUAGAGGAAUGUCGCCGUUUCUUUUGACCUCCGGUGCCGGAAGUGGUGAUCAAGAUUCUCGGUUAGCGAUUGUUGAUCACAAAUCUUUUCCUCCUCCUUCGUUUCUUGAUGAUGAUGUCCCUUUCUCAUCUUCUGGGGGGAGGGGUGGGAGACAUAUGAUGAUGGGUGGGUAUCUUCAUGGUGUUAGAGGAAACUUAUUAGGGAUAGAGGGUUCAACAAUGGAGGUGGGAGGUGGUGGGGGUCAAUAUGAAGGUUCAUCCACAUCAACAUUAAAGGAACUAAGAAGGAUUGGUAAAGUAAGAAUGGUAUGGGAAGAGCUUGUGAGCUUAUGGGCUGAAGAUGGUGAACAUCACAGAGGUAGAGUAAAGGUUCAAGGUACUAGCUUCUUAAAUGCAGAUGAACUCACUUUCUUGGAUGAUGCAAUGGUUGCUUGUACUUUGGAGGUGUUUGAAGAUGCCAAUUCCCCUCUUAGAGGUUUUUCUGUUGAUAGAUUUCUUCCUGGUCAACAAGUUAAAGUAUUUGGCAGAAGAAAGUCAACUCAUCUUUCCAAUAUUGGUUUGCUUACUGAAAGAUCUCAAGCACCUCUAGAGCCAUCAAUGAGAUCAUCUUUGCCACCUUGGGAGUUCCAAGAUCCGACGGAGUAUUACUUGGGUUGUCUUCGUGUUCCACCGCCAUCUCUGCCAAGCUUGAUUGACCUUCCAUGGUACUUGCAAGAACCGCCAUCAGAAGAGUUCCGAUUCCCCCUUCGUAAAGAUCUUUAUCGAGAUCUUCCUCAAGGAAAAGAACUUCUCUUUACCACCUCUUCCGAACCAUUAGACUGUCGAUCCAUUGCAUUCGAGCUCUUAAGUCCAAUCACCCGAUCAAACCCGACUCUCACCACCACUACAAGAGAAUCGUUUAUCGGCCUAUGGGAUGACUGCAUCAAUCGGGUUAUAUCGAAAUUCAGCAAUCUUGAUAUGGUGUUCAUUAGAAAACCCUCUCAUUUACAUUCUAACAAUGCGACACAAGAUCAAUGGCCUAAUGUAACCGGAUUCGUGCGGAACUUUUGUUUGUGGAGAGGCGAAGAAACGGAUAGAUUACGAGAAGAUAAUAAUCUUGAUCCAUCUUCACUAUUGGUACAAAAGUUACUAUGGAGUUACUUGGAUCUUCCUUACAUUUUAGGGUAUUAUGCAGUCGGGUAUAUCGUCACCUUUUGCGCGCUUAGUAGAACGCAUGAUCGGCUUAUCAGAACCGAUCUCCACACUGUUGACUUAUCAACACCCGGAGAUCGGAUCAAAGCCAUGGUUCCAUGUUGGAGGAUCGCUGGUUUGUUGUCACUGUUGGCGGAUCGUUGUGCUAACGUUCAACAGAUCAACAAAGCGUUUAUAUACAGCGAUUUCGAAAGAAUCGAUACGGGUAAUAGCAUUAUUGAGUUCACACCUAAUUACAUGACUAGGGUUUUCUCAAGCAAGAGAAAAUGGGUUAAUGUCAAAGAAAUCUACGAUUUUCUCGAUCAUCGGAUCCCACAUUCUGAAUACAUUUGUCUAUCAUCCGAACGAGACUUGAGUUUGAGCUUCAAGCCGAGAGGAUGCCGGUUAAAGCUCUCAAAUUUCGAGCAAUUAGUCGAGGCACUAAAACACGUAACAAAAGCGUUAGUCGCGCUACACGACUUAUCAUUCAUGCACCGCGAUUUGGGUUGGGACAAAGUGAUGCGAAGAAACGAUAGAGAAAACGAGUGGUUUAUCAUCGGGUUUGACGAAGCGGCUAGCGCGCCGCAAAUAUAUCCACCCCAGCAAGAAAUAGGGGCGGGGUCGGGGUCCGGAACAGUCCCGACCCCGACACCUUUCUCGGUUGGAGGAAGGCACGCGCCGGAGCUGAAGGGGCGGGGAAUGCAUGGGGUGAAAGUGGACGUAUGGGGUGUAGGACAGAUGUUGAAAACUUGUGGGUUAGUGGGGUUGCCAAAGGCACUGAGGGAGUUGCAGAACAGGUGUUUGGAUCAGAACCCAGAGCAGCGGCCCACGGCGGCGGACUGUUAUCACCACCUUCUUCAGUUGCAGUCAUCAAUGUCAGCCGCCGCCGGUGAUUACUAAAAAUAAAAUGGAAAUAAAAAAAGGUUGGUGUUAUUUUGACAGCACAUUCUGCAUACAUAACACAAGACAUGCACUCAUGAGUUGAAUAUUGAAUAUUGAAUAUUGGAUAUCGAGUGAUCGUAGAGCCAGUAGUAAGUAUAACAGGUCGCAUUAUGGGGCCAACCGCAAGAAAACAGAAAGGCCUGCAUGGGUUUUGUAGGACUGCAGUAAAUAGGCCGAAGGAUAGCUCUUAGGGUUUGAGGGGCGUAUUCGGGAUUUCACAUAUUGUAUGAACUUUAUUCAUAUUUGAAACAACUAUUUGUAUUAAACUUCUCUAAUUGCUU